CUCUCUUAUCUUAAAACCUAAUCUAAGGAUCAUGUCUCUGCCUUUUUUUUUCCUCUUCAAGUCACUCCAUUUCUCUCUUCCCAUCAUUCUCAUUAUAAUUGGUAUCACUAGUCCUUCCACAAGUGCACAAGGUCCACCUUCACCUGGCUACUAUCCAAGCUCAGGGUUUGGCUCCAUAGGGUUUGAUCAAAGGUUUAGAAACCUUUGGGGCCCUCAGCACCAAAGUCUAGACCAAGGCUCGUUGACAAUCUUUCUUGACAAUACGGGAAGCGGAUUUAAGUCUCUUCACCAAUAUCAAUCUGGUUAUUUCAGUGCAUCCAUCAAGCUACAACCCGGUUAUACUGCUGGUGUUGUUACCUCUUUCUACCUCUCCAACAAUGAAGCCCACCCAGGCAACCAUGACGAGAUCGAUAUCGAGUUUCUGGGAACAACACCAGACAAGGCUUACACUCUUCAGACCAACGUCUUCGUCAGAGGAAGUGGUGAUGGAAACAUCAUCGGAAAAGAGAUGAAGUUUUACCUCUGGUUCGAUCCCACUAAAGAUUUCCACAACUAUGCCAUUUUAUGGACACCUAGUGAGAUCAUGUGGGUCUUCUUCUUUCCCUCUCCUUAA